AUGGCUAAGAAAGCGACCGAGAUGACGAUGGCUAAGCCGGAAUUUGGCAACUUGGCUGGGACCGAGGUACAGGAAGUGGAGAGGGACUUGAGGCUGUUGUCGGAAAAGGUGGAACUAGCUUCCCAGCAGGGAGAUGGUGAGCCGGCCCCUGAGUCUGCAACACAAAGCAAGGGGCACCACCAAGCAAGCGGCACCAUGAAGACCAAGGAGCUCUCCAAACAGCUUGCAGGUUGGCUGGAGGCUAAUAGAGGAGACUGGGUGAACAUCUUGGAUUCCCAGACCGGUGCCACCAAGGGCCCAGGGGACAUCAUCACUGAGCAGGCCAGGACCAGAGGUGACAUAGUGGAGGUCUGUGGAUGGGACAGUGCCCUCAACUCUGGGCUGGGGAACAACACUGUUAAUCACAACCAGAAACAGACAAUGGAACACAAAACAACAACUGAACUGAGACCAGGACUGGCUGAGACCAGAGCGAGGCGUAGAAUUGGUCUGCGGGGACUGGGAGGUGUCCGUAUGCGGCUGAAGAGAACAGACACAGACUCGGCUAGCGAUGCUCCGUCCUGCUCCUAUAGUUGUGAUUCAGAGAGACUGAUGGCACCUCAGGUUAACCCUCCAACAGGUGCUUCCUUCAGCCUGCCUUCUAUAGGAUCUAUCAACUGGAAUAUGGACCCUGCGACAACACAGACACUUCCUGGCCUUCAUCCUCCUCACACUCUCCUAAUGUUAAACCAGACCUCGGACAAUGCCAGUUCCUCAACACUAAAUGGCUACACAAGCUCAUUGACAAAUGAAAAUAGUAGAGAUGGAAUCAGUAAAGGUGGCAGCGCCAAAGAGAAGCGCUUCCCGUGUUCGUUCUGUGGGAUAUCCUUCAGUUUCCCCAAACAGGUGGAGAUCCACCAGAGGAUGCACAUGGGGGAGAAAGCGUUCAGCUGCCACCUGUGCCCAGCUAGUUUCUCCCGAUCGUCCAACCUGAAGAGGCACCAGAGGGUCCACACAGGGGAGAAACCCUACAGCUGUCCCCAGUGUGCAAAGAGGUUCUCCCACCACCACAAUAUGAAGGUGCACCUGAAGGUCCACACAGGAGAAGCAGUUUCCCUGUAUGCACAGCAGGAGUAGCCUUAUCUGACAAAGUUGUCAAUUGGGAGAAAUCGUAUCACUUGAGAUACUUAGGGGAUGUCUGGAAACUGUUAUUUAGAUUAAAUAGUUAUCAUGAGGUAAGAGAGUAAUUAACCACAUACCCCUCAUUAACUUGUCAUUUGAAACAGGCCUGUUUUUAGAGAGACAGUAAAUCUAGAUGGGGGGAAUGCAUCGAUAAGUGUUAGCGCAAAUACAUGCUAGCUGUUCCCGUAAACUUCCAGUCAUUGAGCCAACAACUAUCCAUUUAAAAGCUUGUCUCUGCAAAAAUAUAAAAACAAAUGUACAUAUCUUUUGCGGAGAUGGCUAAAUGAAUAUAGAGGAAAAACUGAAUUCCCCUUCCCACAAUGGCACCACGUUCAGGAAGUGUCAUCAUUUGUUGUUGGGGGAAAAAAGGUUCCACCCAAAGUUCCACCCUGUUAGGAUUAUGCACCUAAUGGUUGUUAGAAAAGUUGGCAAAUAAGACUAAUGUCAAUAUUUAUUUAUCUUUGAAUAUAUUUUAUGUAUAUUUAGAUACAUUUGUUACUAAUUACAGUUACAUAGCAUCAUGUAAGUAAUUGUCAUGAAAUGAAAUGUGAAUAAAUCAUUGUAAUUAGUAAUGUAAUUGGCUAGCAACAAUAUAUAAUCUAUUUUCAUGUUUUACAAACUCCGGUUGACAAUGUUUAAAAAAAAAAAAGUUUUUUUAUAUGAUCAAAUAAAUAGAAAGUAAACUAAUGCACAAUAUUCAUUCUUAUUAUAGGUGUUAUGUUUAUCAACUAUUUCAUACAUGGAACAAAAAUAUAUAAUGCAACAUUUAGUGUUUGUCCCAUGUUUCAUCAGCUGAAAUAAAAGAUCCCAGAAAUGUUCCAUUCACUCAAAAAGCUUAUUUUGCACAAAUGUUGUGCACAAAUGUUUACAUCCCAUUUAUUGACCAUUUCUCCUUUUCCAAGAUAAUCAGCAUGAUCAUUACACAGUUGCACCUUGUGCUGGGGACAAUAAAAGGCCACUCUGAAAUGUACAGUUUUGUCACUCAACACAAUGCCACAGAUGUCACAAUUUUUUGAUGGAAUGUCCACCAGAGCUGUUGCCAUAGAAUUGAAUGUUAAUUCCUCUACCAUAAGCCGCUUCCAACGUUGUUUCAGAGAAUUUGGAAGUACGUCCAACCGGCCUCACAACCGCCGACCACGUUUAUGGCAUCGUGUGGGUGAGUGGUUUGCUGAUGACAACGUUGUGAACAGAGUACCCCAUGGUGGCGGUAGGCAUAAGCUACGGACAACGAACACAAUUGUAUUUUAUCUGUGGCAAUUUGAAUGCACAGAGAUACCGUGAUGAGAUCCUGAGGCCCAUUGUGGUGCCAUUCAUCUGUCGCCUUUACGUCAUGUUUCAAGCAUAAUAAUGCACGGCCCCAUGUCGUAAGGAUCUGUACACAAUUCUUGGAACCUGAAAAUAUCCCAGUUCUUCCAUGGCCUGUAUACUCACCAGACACAUCACCCAUUGAGCAUGUUUGGGAUGCUCAGGAUCAACAUGUACGACAGCGUGUUCCAGUUUCUGCCAAUAUCUAGCAACUUCGCACAGCCAUUAAAGAGGAGUAGGACAACAUUCCACAGGCCACAAUCAACAGCUUGAACAACUCUGCAAAGGAGAUGUGUUGCGCUGCAUGAGGCAAAUAGUGGUCACAACAGAUACUGACUGGUUUUCUGAUCCAUGAUUUCCUUAUAUCAACUACAACUCAGUAAAAUCUUUGAAACUGUUGCAUGUUGCGUUUAUUUUUGUUCAGUAAAGAUGUAAAAAGUUAUUUAAUUUCAUAUCAUGUAUUCAUUAUUGGUGUUAGUUCUACCCUGUUAUGCUUCCUUCUACCCUGUUGUGUUGGUAUUUUAAUAUCAGAAUUUAACAAUACCAUCAAAUGUUCUGCAUAUUUUUGUGGUAACUUGUAGCGAUGUAAGGGGUCAACUAAACAUUCACCCCCCUUUAGGCUUUUCCUAUUUUUGUUACGAACAAAUUUAAAUGGAUUUAAUAAUCAUUUUUCAUCAACAAUCUAAUCAAAAUACUCUGUCAAUGUGGAAGAUUUGUUUUUAAAUAUAAAAAUUGGAUACUAAAAUA